AUGCAGAACGCCCUGAUCUUCUCGGCGGUCGUCGCUGUCGUCGCGGCGCCGUUUCCCAUCUGUAUCGGGCUGUUCGGGCGCGAUGUGCGCCGUCGUCGGCUGGAUAUCGACCGCGGUGUCGAUUUAGAUGCAGCAGAGUUUGGUCGGGAGGACAUGCAGCAGAUGCAGAGCGGGGAGGUCGGCGAGUCCCCGGCGAGGUCGAGAUUCAGUACCCUGAAGUUUUGGUCGAGAUGA